AUGGAAAGAAAAGUUUCUGAGGUCAGAAUAGAUAUGGCUCUUCAGAAAGAGACUUGCAGUAUUUGUAUCAAUGACAAUAUCCGUGCUAUUCAGAUGUUUUCUGUUGAUAUAUGUGGUCAUCGGUUUUGUUCCGAAUGUGUGAAACGAUAUAUAGAGACGAGACUACUCGAGGGAAAUAGGUUGACAUGUCCUCCUAAUGGCUGCCAUCUUGAGCUGCGUUAUCUAAGUUGUGUCAACUUUUUGACUCGUGAACUAAAACAAAUUUGGCAGCAGAGGAUCAUUGAGGACUUGAUUCCUGUAACCGAGAGAGUUUACUGCCCGAACCCGAGGUGCUCAGCUUUAAUGUCGGUAAAAGAACUCUCUAUUAUUAAAUCUACUGAAGAAUCUGGAGUUAGGAGAUUAUGUGUCAAAUGCCGUGAACCAUUUUGUUUCAACUGCAAAGCUCCGUGGCAUAACAACAUGUCGUGCGACAAUUAUAAGAUUUUGCAUCCAAAUCUUAUAGCAAAUGAUACAAAGCUAGAAGCUCUAGACAAUAAGAAAAUGUGGCGACAAUGCACAAAGUGUUAA